CAGAAAAGGCUGGGCUCCCUGCAGCCCUCAGCCCCUCUCCACAAUAUUUGAUUAGGAAUUCGGGGCGGGACCUGGCCUGGCACGGACCUGCACACUCUCAGUGUUGUGCGCCUCCUCUCUCACCGCUCUCCAGCCCCAGGAGGCCAGACUGAGGGACGUGGUCACUCGGAAAGGUUCACCUCGAGGGAGACAAAAUGCAGUGGGCCUCCCUCCUGCUGCUGGCGGGGCUCUGCUCCGUCUCCCGGGCCCAGUACGAGGAAGACCCCCAGUGGUGGUUCCACUACCUCCGCAGCCAGCAGUCCACCUACUACGACCCCUACGACCAGUACCCCUACGAGCCCUACGAGCCCUACCCUUAUGGGGUGGAGGAAGGCCCUGCCUAUGCCUACGGCUCUCCCCCGCCGCCUGAGCCCCGAGACUGCCCCCAGGAGUGCGACUGCCCGCCCAACUUCCCCACGGCCAUGUACUGUGACAACCGCAACCUCAAGUACCUGCCCUUUGUCCCCUCCCGCAUGAAGUACGUGUACUUCCAGAACAACCAGAUCGUCUCCAUCCAGGAAGGCGUCUUCGACAACGCCACCGGGCUGCUCUGGGUCGCUCUCCACGGCAACCAGAUCUCCAGUGACAAGGUGGGCAGGAAGGUCUUCUCCAAGCUGAGGCACCUAGAGAGGCUCUACCUGGACCACAACAACCUGACGCGCAUGCCCGGCCCACUGCCGCGCUCCCUGAAGGAGCUGCACCUCGACCACAACCAGAUCUCCAGGGUCCCCAACAACGCUCUGGAAGGGCUGGAGAACCUCACGGCCUUGUACAUGCAGCACAACGAGAUCCAGGAGGUGGGCAGCGCCAUGAGGGGCCUCGGCGCCCUGAUCCUGCUGGACCUGAGUUACAACCACCUGCGGAAGGUGCCGGACGGCCUGCCCUCUGCCCUGGAGCAGCUGUACCUGGAGCACAACAACGUCUACUCAGUCCCCGACAGCUACUUCCGGGGGUCACCCAAGCUGCUGUACGUGCGGCUGUCCCACAACAGCCUCACCAACAACGGCCUGGCCUCCAAUACCUUCAACUCCAGCAGCCUCCUGGAGCUCGACCUCUCCUACAACCAGCUUCAGAAGAUCCCCCCCGUCAACACCAACCUGGAGAACCUCUACCUCCAAGGCAACAGGAUCAAUGAGUUCUCCAUCAGCAGCUUCUGCAGCGUGGUAGACGUCAUGAACUUCUCCAAGCUGCAGGUGCUGCGUCUGGACGGGAACGAGAUCACGCGCAGCGCCUUGCCGGUGGACGCUCCGCUCUGCCUGCGCCUGGCCAGCCUCAUUGAGAUCUGAGGGCCCUGCACUGGGCAAGGGGAGGCCCCCGUGCCCCACUGCAUUUGGCUUGAUGGUUUGGUUUGGCUUUUGCUGGAAAGUCUAGGACAGACCCUCUGACAGAAUCCAUGGGUUACCUCUCUAGUCUUUUUCCCUGUAGGGAAGUGAGUGGCAUGGGGACAGGUAGCCUUCUGCUGUGGAAUACUGGGGAGCCCUUUUUCAGGCCAGAAGUGGCGGCAGAGGGAGUCAUCCCUGAAAAACCCAUUCCCAGAAACCUCACUUCCCUUGAGUUCUUCCCAAUGGUCAGUUGUGGAAGGUUAAAAGUUGCUUGGCCAAUAGUACCCGCGCAUACUUUACUAUCCCCCGCCUCUGGGCCGCCCUCGAAGCUCUCCUGUGCAGGGGCUGGUCCUGCAGUUACUGUGGGCUCCCACUCAUUGCUCCUCAGAGUAUACCUCCGGCCCAGCUGCCUCCUCCUGAGUCCACCUCAUCUGUUCAGACUUGGUCCACAGUCAGCUCUUCGAUGCCUUAGGCAGAGGCCAGAGACCCCAGGCAUGAACCUGUGCAGAGAGCCCACCCCUGUGUCUGAGGCCUGCCCUCCUGAGCCUCACCCCUGGAAGCCAUCAGCUGGGGGCCUCUAGUGUGAUGACCAUCUUUGUGGAGUGUGCAGGAGGGGAGAGCCAGCCUUCGGCUUAGAUAAAUGUACGAGGCUAUAUUUUAGCAGCUAGGCCAUUCUUUGAAGGUGAAUCAGACUUCAAAAGAAAAAAGACCAGGCUUUGCUUAACAUCAGCACCCACCGCGGGGACAAAGCCCUCCAAAGGCCAGAACUGAGGCAGCAGCCCUGUCUGCACUGGCGCCUUCCCCGCAGCUCCCCUCUGGGUCUUUAUACUCAAGGUGGAGGCCAUGUGUCUCGAAGUGUGAGAAAGGUCAUGUUUCCUCUCCUCUUAGGCAACAGAAAGGUCUAGAUCUUGAUGGGGGGCAUGGGGGGCGCAGACUCCAGCCAGCCCUGGGCUUGCCUGCUAGUCCGGAGGAGUAGGCUGUGGUUCAUCUAUGGGAAUUAAUUCGUCCUAAGACCACAGUUAGAAGUACCAGCUCUGGAUGGACAUGCUCCCUGGGCACCGAAGCCCAGGCCAGGCAACUGCAGCCUGUGUUGAGCUGAAGUCCGCUGCUUGCACGUCUCCCAGAUACCCCCUCAUUACUGAAGACACCUGGUGCUUUGUAGCUUGGCUGAGAGCAGUGAACUCUUCCCAUUUCUGAAAGGUAACUUGCCUGGGGCCCAACCCUUGUGACCUUUGAGGUACCAGUGGGAUUGCAGUUGGGGUAGAGGCUGGUUGGGGAGAGCCAGGCCUCAUCUGGCCUGCCCUGAUGUCACUGCAUCCUUGUGCUUUGAAACUGCUUCCCUGAGAAGCAAAGGAGGGACCUUGGAUUAUGUUCUUGGCUCCAGAUCCUGAAAUCCACAAAAGCCAAACCAGCUCAUUUCAACGAAGGAGUUCUGCUGCGAGGGCAAGGCUGCCCCCGCUGGGGCUCUUGGGAAGCAUCUGCAUGUGAACACCGCCGUGCCCCUAUAAAGGACCCUUAGUACUGGAAACGCACGCGUGGUGGCUAACCUGACCAAUAAAGUUAUUUUAUG